GUAUAUGAACGGCUAUUUACUACAUUUUCAAUUCUGCAGCAUGACAACAGCAGUAUAAAACUGCAAAUUUUCGAUUAUAUUUAUUUGUCUUGAUAAGUUUCUUCGUAGUAAACUUGCUCAUCUCUCUAACUGCGUUUUCUUUCACAGACAAUGAAAUUACAUCAGUAGAUAUAUUUUUGGAUCUCACUCAGCAAACCGUGAUGGGAGAAAACGGAUUGAAUCUUAAGCUCGGGUCGUGGCUUCGAAUUGAAAGAGCACAGAAAAACAUAGAUAUAUCAUCUAUUCCAAGCACGAGCAAGUGUUCCACGACAACACGAGAAGAUCAGAAUAUUGAAAAAGAGGACAUCAUUCGAAUUUUGGAAAAUAGCCCAGAAUGUCAAAAACUAAUGCAUGGAAAACUGGCAGAAGGAGUCUCGUUGGCAAAGAAUGAAAAAAACCUGAUCUGCCGAGUUCUAUGUUCAGUUUUCUUCGGGAAAUCAGUUGCCGAUGGAAUGCUGAUUGGUUCUGGGAGAAUAACGGGGAAAAAUCUGGUCCACAUACGGGAUUUAUUUACUAUUGGGUUAGAAAUUCAAAGACCAAGUCUCCAGCCAAAUCAAGUCGAAAGCGUCCAGCCCCGUCCGAUUAUACGCAAGAAAUUGCAGACGCCAUCGAGGAAUUGCAACAAAUCGACGCAAGCGCGGAGAACAAAAUGCGAGUUCUGCAGCUAA